AUGCUAUGUUUCUUUGAUGAAUACGGUAAAUGUAUUGAUGAUGGAGCCAUUAAUAAUCUUUGCAAACCAGAUUAUGAAAAUCAAAUUAUAAAUCUGUUUUGUUCAACAACCAAAUGGCAACAAAUAAAUCUUUGGUUAAAAACGCUCGCACAUAUAAAUGAACCUUCAGUUAAUGAUUAUACAUUUUUCAUGCGAGAAAAGAAAAUAAUCAUUGAUGAAAAUCAAAUUCUCUCAUCGAUAACAGAUCAAACAGAAUCAAUAAUAAUCGAUAUUAUUGAUCGAAAUACUUGGAGUAAAGUUAUUUUAACCUUUGAGAUCAAUAAUCAAACUAUAUCCGUAUUAACAUCAAUGAAGAUAUAUUCUUUAUUAAAUAACGAAAAUAUUCUUAAACAAUUAAAUUUAACUGAUGUAUCUUCUGAUGAUUGUAUUCUUGUCUUGAGAGAAGCAAAUGAAAUUAUUUUAACAAAAGAUUAUCAUCAAAAACCUAUCGGUAAUUAUUCAAUUGUUAACAAUGAACUAAUUCAUUUUCAAAUAUCAAUCUCAGUUCAAAUAACAAAAUAUGACAAUAAAGAACCAAUUAGAAUACCUUUAUCAAAUAGAAAUAUAACAGUUGAACAAUUGUUAAAUUCAACAGAAAAAUCAAUCGAUGUUUACAAAUAUUUGGCUACAAAUGACACGAAAAGAAUUGUUAAUUCUAAUGAAAUACUUUCAAAUUUAAAUAAAACAAAAUUUAUUCUUGUUAAAGAAAAUGAAACUUGUCUUCCAUCGGUUAAGAAAUCUAAUAAUUUACAAUAA